UAUCACACUUCCUCUCCACUCUUUUCUCUCACAUUUUUCCUUCCUCACACACAACUCGCAAUAAUGUCUUCUUCUGCCGCCGCCAACGCUAACAAACCGCCCAGCACCGCCGCCGCCCAGCGCACAUUCUGCGUGAGCUCGAACCCGGACCCGAAUCCGGCCCAUCACAACACCACUUUCGUCCAGGCCGAUCCGUCCAACUUCCGGGCAGUAGUACAGAGGCUCACCGGCGCCGGACAGGACCCGUCGGCGCAGAAGCUCCCCAAAGUCUCCGCUCGAAAGACGAGUCCCGGCGAGAUGGGGCCGCGCCGGCCGGCGUUUAAGCUCCACGAGCGGAGGCAAGCCGCGAGGAAGCUCGAGAUCAGCCUGGGCCACUGCGGAAUUCCGGUGCCACUGUCGCCGUCCGCCGCUCGUCCGUCGCCGGUGUCUCCGCUGGAUAUCGCCGGGACUUCGAGAACGCCGAGGUCUCCGAUGGAAGUAGAAGAGGAGAGGGGAAUUGCCGAAAAAGGAGAAAGAAUGGAAGAACGACUUGGUUGUUGGGAAGGCGAACUGCCGGAAGGAGAACCGAAGAGUGAAGACGAAAAGAUGAUGAAGAAUGUGAAUGGGCUUCAACCCUUUACAGAAAUACCCUCUGACCUGUUAUGGGAAAUUCUGGGUAGAGUUUCCAUUAAGACAUGUUUAGCUUGUAAGCUUGUUUGCAAAGAAUGGUAUCGAAUGAUAAUCAAUCCAGAAUUCUCUUCUUUCCGGCGCCAUUGUAUCCCCUCCCGGUUCACCAUCGUGUUGCACGAUGGGUUGGGUGCUCGAUGGGGGUUUAAUUUCUGUAUGCUUGAGCUUGAAAAGGCUUUGAAUGUCGACGAUUCGGGGAAUUGUGUUAUGGGUGUUCACGAUCUCAUUAGGUUUGAGAAGCCGAAUAUUUACCUCUCCACGACGAUUUCGUAUGUGAUGUCUCAUUGCAAUGGGGUUCUUUGUUUUGUAAGUACAAAGGGAGACUACAUUGUGUGCAAAUUGCUCACGGGUCAGUGUGUGAAGUUGCAAAAUUUGCACAAACAUAGGAACCAAAAUCAAUCUUCUGAUAUAGGACACGUUGAAUUGGGGUGUUUUCCGGUGUCGGGCCAAUCCAAGGCUCUCAUUCUACUUUGGGACAAAGCGAAGAAUACCCAAGUGGCAAAGAUACAGACUUUGGGUAACGGUGAAUGGAGGACUGUGGGCAAUGCACCCUUAAAGAUUCGGAGGGGUGGACGUUUCGUGAACGGGUCUAGCCAUUGGCAUAGGCAUACUCUCAAAUGCAUAUGGUGCUUUCAUUUUGGGAAAGAAAAGUUUUCAGAAAUGCCAUUGCCAGAUGAUGUCAUAAACGGACUAUACGGGAAGGGAAUUCAAGAAUUGAGCGUUUUCGACUCUUGCCUAUGUUUCGGGUGCAGCUCGAAGGGCGGUGUCGAGAUCGACAUAUGGGUUAUGAAAGAAUAUGGUGUGAAAGAAUCUUGGGUGAGACAAUUUGUCAUAGUGACUAACAAUUGGUGUGUGCCUCUAGCACACAUGGAUAAGGGAAACCUAUUUGUGAGGAAUGUGUUUAAUAAUGAAUUUUACUUAUAUGAUCCACAAACCCAAGUUUUAAAGAGAGUGGAAAUCGAGCUUGAUGACGAGUCUUAUGAUAUUGGAGGGUUGCCUGUGGCAUUUGAUGUAUGUUUCUCAAGAUUAUAAAAACUCAUCUAAAUUCUAAGUUAAGUACUUAUGUU